AUGAACGUGUCCGCUUUCAUGAUGGCCGUGAGACGGGGCAAGGGCAGGACGGAUCUGUUGCGGGACAUGUUCUCGGAACUUGCUUCUCAGGAACAACGCACGCUGGCUUUAUGUGGCACGGUGGCUCCUGAUGAAGUGCUUGAGGACAUCGAGAAAGCCGUCACUUGCGUAG